CAUGUUUUUAUGUUUGGCUGUAAAAACUGUUAACCCCUCCCCUUUGAGUCUGUUUGGGUGCCAGCUUCCACUGAACACGGCAGAACUCACUUCCUGUUUUGAGGGUGAUCAGUCAAACUGAGCCGCCCUCAAUACAUAUGCAUAACAGCAGUGAUAAACCCAAGCCUGUGUUGUGCUUUCUUAACUGCUGGGGUGCUCCUGAUCAUGUCACCAUGAGUUUGCUGUGCAGGUGGAUGGUGUCUGUUGCUUUGUGCCUGCAUUGUACCAGUGGACUAGUCAAUAAUGUGUCAAAGGAAGAUAUUUUGCUUCUGAAGGAUCUGCAGAAUCCAAAGUGUUUCACUCGGACACUUAAAGACUUCACCUGCUUCUUUGAGACAUUUGACAACAAAACCUAUGAUUUGAUCUACGACUAUGAUAGCAAUCCCUCAAAAUGUGCAAUGUCAGUCCAGAGCACAGCAAAAGGAUCGUUCCUGCACAUAUGUUCAUUUUCAGACGUCCAAAUUUUUGUGAAAAUGGACAUCAAAGUGGUGGAACUUGCCAGUAACACUGUUUCCUACCAUCGGACUCUCUCUGUGGAGGACAACUAUCUUCCAGAUCCACCAUUUAAUCUGACUUUGCAACCAAACGGGCCAGGUCAACUGGAGGUCUCAUGGCUGGCCAAAACAAAAUGUAAAAUAUUCAAUCAUAUGACCUAUAAAAUCCGAUACUCCACUGGAACCAAUAAAGAAAGAACAGUAGAGACUGAUAAGCAGAGCCUGGAGCUCUCCCUGACUCAAGGCGAGGAGGUUGAGGUUCAGGUUUCUGCCAAAUGUGGCUUCAAUAAAGAUGCAGGACACUGGAGCAGCUGGACACAACCUGUGCACGCCACAGUUCCCCAAAGAGCAGAUGACAUCUCCCUAACAUGCAGCACAUUUGAUCUGAAAAAUGUCACCUGUCAUUGGAAUGGCUUCAUGGCUUCUGAAGAACGGGAAAACAAGCUGUUCUACAAGAUGGAGAUUAAAGAAUCUCCAGACUGGACCCCCUGGUCUGAGUGCGGUAGGAGUGGGAACAUCACUUACAUCUGUCAUCUUCAUGGAAAUGAGUCUAAAGAAGUUAUGAUCAUGCUUAUCAGCACUUCAGCUGCAUCCAGAAAAACAUUUUUCACUAAAGCAUUCAAGCUCAAAAACUCUAUCAAAACAUUUCCACCGAGCCGUUUGAGAGGAACGCCGAAGAAACAAGAGCUGUGUUUGGACUGGGAAGCCCCUCCUCUUUUAUUGGAGACCCAUCUGCAGUAUGAAGUUGAUAUUAACAUCAAAGGAGGUGAAAGAUGGAAGAUGAUAAAAGAAAGUGAGACUCACACAUGCAUGAAAGUUCCAGCCGGGAGUCAUUUCACGGUAAAGAUCAGAGCUAAACCUGCUGGGCCCAUAUACUCUGGAAACUGGAGCGACUGGUCAGAAGAAUUCACCGGCGAGAUGACACCAGACAUGGACGCUUUCCUUGUUGGAUUUCUCCUUAUUACUCCAUUGAUCAUAGGAGUCGUCUUCAUCCCAAUCCUCUUCAUUUAUCGCAGUAAACUCAAGCACUAUUUUUGGCCCCCCGUACCCAACCUGGAAAAAGUUCUCCAAGGCUUUCUGACAGAAGUCAGCGGGCAGAAACUGCACCCUCCUCCCACAGCAAAGCAGUGCUUUGAAGAAACCACUUCCUCAGUGGUAGAGAUCCUCUCUGAAAGUGAUAUCCCACAACCCGGGAAGCUGUUGGACGAAUCUUCCAAACUGCUGUUGUCUACUGAAAGCUUUCCCACUGAAGUGCAGGUCAUUGGGAGUCCCGGGACAGAAGUGUUCCUUGAUUACGUGACCCUUAAAAAAGAGCUGCCCCCUCUUUGCCUUGGCGUAAACUUUUACCUUUACGAUCCGGAGAAAGGAAGUCCAGACACGCCCCAAAGCUGUGUCUGCUUCUUCCCCGAUGGCUCAUCGUACGUCAGCCUGUGUGCAGAAAACGACUUUCUGAAUGAUUCCUACUUGCCGAUGGUUGAGCCUCAGGACAGCACGGAGGACGGACAGUUUCCAGGCAACAGUUACACAAAUGUGUUCUACACUUAAACGUAGUUUGAUCAAUGUACCCAGCAUGCAUUUCACACUGCGUGCUUAAAGCAACACGCCGUAACUCACUGUAAAACCGGCAAAAAGUCUUUUUGACUUCAAGUACAAAAUUCAAAACUUCAUUUUAAGAGUUUGUAUUUAAACAGCACUUUGAGAGCAUCACUUAAACACAAUAUAAUUCAUUUAAACCGUUUUUGUAACAAAUUUAGUAGAAAAUGGUAUUAUGAAAUAUAUUUAUGUAGCAUUCAAUAGAUGUGUAAUGUCAUAUAUUCUUACAAUACUUAAAAAAUAUAUGUUCUUAUUAUUGUAAUAUAUGAAAAUACUGAAAUGUGUUUUUUUUGUAAAGGGUAAAGAAAGGAAGAUUAGAAGGUUAUCUAUCCAAACAUAUUUUAUAUAUAUAUGCAAUGUUUUUCUAAUGUUUUGCAUAGCUUGUAACACAUUAUCAAUGCAUACAGAGCUCAAUAAAAAAAAUUUCUCCUGCUCCAAAUCUUGAAAUCUGUUUUACCCCUUUAGCGCCACCAGGGGGCAGUAGAGAUUAACAAAGAAGGAGGCCUUGAGAUGUUUGUGAGCCUGGAAUAUAGUUUAGUCAUGAAUAGGUAACACUAAUAACACACAUAACUGUUAAAUUGUUUACUGACAAAGAAAACAGAUAAAAAGCUUGAUUUAGGAUGAUCAAAUAAUUUCUACAACUUGUAGAAUCUAAACAAAUAAAAAAAAUAGUGAUGAUGUGUCUUUUACAUCAUAGCUAUUGGUGAGAUUCCAGGGUUUAUGUUGCUUCAGAUUUUAAAGAAAUCAAAACUGCUCUGCCACUCCUGUUUGCUGUCAGUACAAUGGCGGUUUUGUAAAUCAUUGCAAAAAAAAAAGUGUUGUUGUGUGAAAAUAUUCAAAUCAGGGGAUUUACAGAUGACUCUUGAGCUACAAAGUACACUGCAAUAUUUUUUUGACUCAAUGCAAGUCCAUGAAAUAAAAAUUGCAUUGCAUGAGCAGAAAGCCACAUAUCUCUGGGUUCAUCUCAGAUGAACAGACAAGAGACACCUGCUGUGUGUUUUCAGCCUGCUCAGCCAGAGAAAUGAACAACAACAUCUACAAAGUGAGAAUAUGUGCCCUUAAAUAAUCAAAUACUUGGACUUUUAUGGAAGUUUUACUAAAGCUGGCCAGAUGUCAGAAAGAUGUCAAAUAAUAAUCCCAAUGAAUGAUUUUGAAUAUUAAAGGAAAACUUUGAAGAAAUGCAGAAAUACAAACUACUGUUUGCUCCGGUCACUUUAACAGCAGGUCAUCACAUCUACUGCCGCAUGACAUCAUGGCCAUAAAUUAACCCACAGUCGCCCAUGAGGCAAAAAAAGGAAAAGCAUUCACUGGGAGAAACAAGCAAAAAAGAAAAAAAGA